AUGGCAGAUCUUAACUUUGAUGUUUUAAAAGCUCAGGCUGAGGAACUAGGCCUUAAAGGAAAUGAUAUUGCUCAUUUACCAGUUUUUAAAGAUGGAGAAGACAUCACUUCAUACUUAAUUAGAUUUGAGCGCAUUGCUAACUUGUUAAAUUUUAAAGAAGAAACUUAUGCUAUCAGAUUGGGAAGUUUGUUAACAGGAAAGGCUGUUGAUAUAUACACCUCACUGCCUCCAGAAACAACAGCCGAUUACCAGUUAUUAAAGAAAGCUCUCUUAAGGGGUUAUAGUAAAACUCCCGCCAGUUACAGGAAUGAUUUUAGGAUUGCUAAAAUAAAAAGUGGUGAAACAUAUGAACAGUUUGCUAUCAGGCUUGGACGAUUGUUUGAUUAUUGGGUCGAUUCGCAUAAUAUCACCAAAGAUUAUGCAUCUCUUCGUGAUUUUAUGUUGUUAGAUCAACUAAUGUCUUCUAUCUCCCCAGAUCUGCGUGUUUUUGUAAAGGAGCAUAACGUCUCCUCCUUAGCUGAUGCGGUAAGCCUGUCAGAUAAUUGGUCAUCUGCUCAUAGUGCUUACCCCAGGUCAUAUCAAUCAUCUGAACAAGGUAAGAGAAGUGUGGCUCCAAAGCCCCAAACUCCAGUCCAAUCAGCUCUUAGAAGGGAUUUUUCUUCUGUUAAAUGUCAUGGGUGUGGUGAUAUUGGACAUAUUAGAUCUCGCUGUCCUAAAAAUCCCCUAGCGUACAAGCAAUAUCACCCAAUUCCAACUCACAAAGUCGGAUUUUGUCUAAGUGACAGGGAAAAUUCAAAGUUCAUGACAGCUGGUACAGUGAAUGGGGCUUGGGUAUCCACAGUUCUCAGAGAUACGGGGUGCACAUGUGUUAUUGUAUCUCACAAGGUGUUACCAGAUGUUGAUCUCUCUAGGGCUGAUCUGGUGGGGAUCGAAGAUUAUUUAGGCCGGGUGGAUUACUUCCCCAAAACUAAAUGCUACCUGAAUUGUCCCUAUUUUAAAGGUUGGAUUGAUGUGGUGCGAGCACCAAUUAAAUUCUGUAGCGUCCUGAUUGGAAAUGUACCAGGGGUAUAUAGUCCCAAAUUAUCUCCAGAUUCUGAAGUAACUGAACGUUCAAAUGUCCCUCUUGAUUAUUCCUGUGCCAUUCAGACUAGAUCCUCCAAAGUAAAAAGGGUUCACCCUUUAGUGUUGCCGGAGAUCGAGCCUCUUAAAGUAACUCCUGAAGACUUUGCAAAAUUGCAGGCAGAAUGUCAUUCUCUCACUAAAUUUUGGGAAAAAGUAAAGUCUAAAGAACAUGAUAAGAUGCGUGAUGGUACGGUGUUUAAGUUUGAGCAAAUAAAUGGUUUGCUGUACCGUACAUGUGUUGCUUCAAAGCACUGUGAAAGAGUUGGUAAAUCUUCUCUGGUAGUACCCAGUAAAUGUAGAGCCAUCAUUCUCGCAGUAGGUCAUGAGAGCCCCUUAGCCGGUCAUUUCUCCCAUCGGAAAUCAGAAAUGCGUAUUAGGGACCAUUUCUAUUGGCCAAACAUGGGAGCUGAAAUCAGAGACUUUUGUAAGUCUUGCGACAAGUGUCAAAGGAUGUCAAGUAGAGGUAGGGUAAGACCAGUGCCAUUAAAACCCAUGCCCAUUUUAACGGAGCCUUUCUCUCGUGUCUCCAUAGACUUGGUAGGACCGAUUUCUCCUCCAUCUUCUGAGGGUCACCGUUAUAUUUUAACUUUGAUAGAUUUUGCGACUGGGUUUCCAGAAGCAUUGCCUCUCAAAGAGAUAGAUUCAAUAUCUGUAGCUGAAGCCCUUAUGGUGAUCUUUUCAAGGGUCGGUAUUCCUCGGGAAAUUUUGUCUGAUCGAGGAAGGCAAUUUGUUUCUCAACUAAUGGGCGAACUGCAUAAAUUAUUGGGUGUAAAGCCACUUUUUACAACUCCCUAUCAUCCUAGUGGGGUGGAAAGGUUUCAUGCAACACUAAAAGCCUCCUUAAGGAAAUUGUGUAGUGACAAACCACGAGAAUGGCACCGUUAUCUUGUCCCCACAUUAUUCGCUAUGCGAGAGAUUCCUAGCGAUCGAACUGGGUUUUCUGCUUUUGAGCUACUUUAUGGACGGACAGUCCGGGGACCUCUUUCAGUCUUAAGGGACUUGUGGGAAGACACAACCAUGAGAGAUGAUGUUAGAUCUUCCUUUCAAUAUGUGAUUGAAUUGAAAGACAAGCUGGAGGAGUGUGCUAAAAUUGCAGCUCAAAAUGCUGAGAUUAGUUCCUCUAAAUUCAAAUCUUAUUUUGACUUGAAAUCUCAGGAUAGGAAGUUUAGUCCAGGUGGAAAACAGAAGUUGCUUCAUGCUAACCUUCUUAAGAAGUAUCAUAGGAGAGCAACAAGUUCCCAACCUAAUGUUAUGGACGAGGAAAGUAAGAUAGAUGCUGAAAUGAACCCACAAAUAGUCCAGAAUUGUAUUCUUGAAGAUACUGAAUUGAGCGAUAGUAAUUUUCCUCUAACUUCUGAUGGAGAAGAGCCCAUCUUGCCUGAGAGUGAUCAACCUGAGAUUUGUUCUGACCUUUCAGCAGAACAGAAAUCUGAUAUUGAUUCAGUAAUUGCAGAGUUUGUAGAUGUAUUUUCAUUAACUCCAGGUUGCACAAACACCCUUGAACAUGAUAUUGAAGUUAACACCACAGAGCGUAUAAAGUCUAAGGUUUAUCCCAUUCCUAUACAUCUAAAGCCUCACUUCGAAGAUGAAGUUGACCAAUUGCUUGAACAAGGGAUUAUACAGCUAUCAUCAUCUCCCCAUUCAUCUCCUGUAGUCAUGGUAAAAAAGUCUGAUGGUAGCUAUCGUAUGGCCAUAGAUUAUCGAGCUGUUUAA